CAGAUCACGUGAGGGGGCCAGGCGGUGGCUGCUCGGCCCCGGCUCCCAAGAUGGCGUCGCUGCUGCAGUCGGAGCGGGUCUCGUACCUGGUGCGCGGCGAAAAGGAGAUCCGCGCGCCGCUCUCCCAGCUCUACUUCUGCCGCUACUGCAGCGAACUCCGCUCCCUGGAGUGCGUCUCCCACGAGGUGGACUCUCACUAUUGUCCCAGUUGCCUAGAAAAUAUGCCAUCAGCUGAAGCUAAGUUGAAGAAGAAUAGGUGUGCUAACUGUUUUGACUGCCCAUGCUGCAUGCACACACUUUCCACCAGGGCGACAAGCAUUCCUGCUCCACUUCCUGAUGACCCAGCCAAGACUACAAUGAAGAAAGCAUAUUACCUGGCCUGUGGAUUUUGCCGCUGGACUUCCAGAGACGUGGGCAUGGCAGAUAAGUCUGUUGCCAGUGGUGGUUGGCAGGAGCCGGAGAAUCCACAUACACAGAGGAUUAACAAACUGGUUGAGUAUUACCAGCAGCUGGCUCAGAAAGAGAAGAUUGAGCGGGACCGUAAGAAGUUGGUGCGACGCCGAAACUACAUGCCAUUGGCCUUUUCGCAACACACAAUACACGUAGUGGACAAAUACGGCCUUGGAACCAGACUCCAGCGUCAGAGGCCUGGGAUGUCCAUCAGUGCUCUUUCCGGACUCUCUCUGAAAGAAGGAGAGGACUUGAAGGAGAUAAAGAUUGAGCCCGCUGAUGCUGUAGAAGAAGUGGAACCUCUGCCUGAGGAUUAUUACACAAGACUAAUAAAUCUAACAGAGGUGACUACCCUGCACCAACGUCUUCUGCAGCCUGACUUCCAGCCAAUCUGUGCUUCCCAGCUCUACCCACGCCAUAAGCACCUUCUGAUCAAACGCUCACUGCGCUGUCGGAAAUGUGAACAUAAUCUGAGUAAACCAGAAUUCAAUCCAACAUCCAUCAAAUUCAAAAUCCAACUGGUUGCUGUCAACUACAUCCCUGAGGUGAGGAUCAUGUCCAUUCCCAACCUGCGCUACAUGAAGGAGAGCCAAGUUCUUCUGACUCUGACCAAUCCAGUGGAAAACCUCACCCAUGUCACACUGAUGGAGUGUGAGGAGGGAGACCCUGAUGACAUCAACAGUACUGCUAAGGUGGUGGUUCCUCCCAAGGAGCUAAUCCUAGCUGGCAAAGAUGCUGCAGCAGAAUAUGACGAGUUGGCAGAACCUCAGGAUUUUCAAGAUGACCCUGACAUUGUAGCCUUCAGAAAGGCCAACAAAGUGGGAGUUUUCAUCAAAGUUACUCCACAGAAAGAAGAGGGCGAAGUGUCCGUGAGCUUUAAGAUGAAGCAUGAGUUUAAAAAUCUCGCUGCUCCAAUCCGCCCCAGUGAGGAAGGUGAUCAGAGUUCUGAGGUCAUCUGGCUCACCCAUCAUGUGGAGCUCAGCCUUGGCCCACUGCUCCCAUAAUGGCUUCCAACAGCUGGAUCCAUCAAGACGGCCACGGGAUAGACUCUUUUGCCAUGACAGAAUGCAUCCUGUUGAAAUGAUUUGUGAAACCUCCUUUGUGAUGUGUACACGCACCACAAAUUCCUGCCAAGAAAUGAGGAGGAGGUUGCACGAGUUAGGGGGGAAGGUAACUGUGUUGUCGGAUGAUUUGUUCUGCUCUCUGUAAUGCCUACUGUGUGAAUCUGUGGCUUUCUCACAACACCACAUGCUUGUUUAAGUUACAGCACAACGUUCAGCUCAAAGGAGGCCAUCUCUAGACUUGUGUUAUCCCUUGCUGAAGUCACAUUAGCAUUACCAACAAAAAAACCCCCAAAUCCUUACGCUGGCUUUCCUCUUCUCCAUAUCAGUCCCAUAACGCCAAUAUUUAAAUACUCAACAAAAUAAAUCCUUUCUCUGGUAGAGCCUGCUGUUCGUGAGCAAACACUCCAGGGCUGUGGCCCUGUCUCCUCGGUUACAAUAGCUAUCUGUUGCAGCAGCAUGAUACACUCUUACUUGCUUCCCAUCCCCUAUUAGAAUCUCAUUAGUUUAAAAUUUUCUUUAGCCCAGGCACUCAAAGGUGUAACUCCUCCCCGCUUUAUGAAAAAGAAUGCUUCGCUCUCUACAGCUUGUUUGGGAGGCAAUGGAUCUUAACAAUUUAAUUGCUUCUUGUGUUGAAAUACAGUCUACUGUAGCUCUUGUGGGCUUGGCUUAUAA